UUCAAGUUCAAGUGAUCACGAAUCGGAAGAAGAGCAUGUGACUGAUGUGAGUGAUAUUACGGUAAUUGCACCAAAACAAUCCUGUGCCCAAGGCAAAAUUACGUCAUUUUUUCAUCGACAAAGUAAUGUUAAGAGUUUGCCCACCAAUACAAUUCGUGCAAAACCCAAUCAUAACAAUUUUGCGAAAAGAAAAACUGUUCGGGAUAUUCAUGUGUGCCUAUCUUGUGUAAAUGAUGUUAGCCUACAAGAUAAGAGUGUGGCAAUUAUUUCCAGAGGCAAUCUACACCAACUCAAGAGACAUUAUGCACGUCGCCACUGCAAAAAAGGGGACAUCUGUGAAAAGUCAUCCAACAAUAAGACGAAUGGCAAUGGGUUCAACUACCAAGACACCUAAAAAUGCAGCUCAUUGCGAGAAAGAUAUACAAACCUCAAACCAGGAAGUCCUUCAAGUCCUUGAACGUCCUCACCACACAGACUUAAUUUUGAGUGACACUCAGCAGAGUGACAUAGCAAAUAUUGAUCUCGAUGAGCAUGUCAGCCAAGUCUCGGAUGUUAAUAUGGAGAUUACCAGUGCGAUUGCUACAUCCUCGGCUACAUCUACAAUUGAAACAUCAACAUCAGCACUUUCAAUGGCUUCAAAUGUACCAACUGCAGCUUCUUCAUCCCGUCAUUCUUAUGUGCAAGUAACCGAGCAAGAAAUGUCUCGUACA